UCGAUGAGAAAGGGGAAAGCUGCUCCAAAGAGGAGCAAGGAAGCAGGAGACUCGAAAUCCAUCAAUGAGUAUUUCAAGCAGACAAAAUCGGUGACGAACAACAUCAAAUCCCAGAAUUCCGAUGAACAAAUCACAGAAUAUGGAGGUGAAAACAAAAGCAAGCCCGGAAAAGGGUUCUUCGCUUGUUAUCUGUUAACCUCUCUCAGCCCUCGUCACAAAGGCCAGACUUAUAUCGGAUUUACAGUGAACCCACGGCGGCGGAUUAGACAGCACAAUGGGGAAAUUGGUAGCGGUGCUUGGAGGACAAAGAGAAAACGCCCAUGGGAGAUGGUUAUGUGCAUUUAUGGCUUUCCAACAAAUGUUUCUGCUCUUCAGUUUGAGUGGGCCUGGCAGCACCCUCAAGAAUCAGUGGCUGUGAGACAAUCGGCUGCGACUUUUAAAUCUUUUUCUGGAGUCGCCAACAAGAUCAAACUCGCAUAUACGAUGCUCACCCUCCCUGCCUGGCAGAGCUUGAAUGUCACGGUAAACUACUUCUUGACGAAAUACACAAAUCAUUCUGCUUGUUGCCCGAGCUUGCCGGAGCAGAUGAAAGUUAAAGUUUGCUCCAUGGAUGAGCUCCCCUGCUAUACUGAACCAGACGAAUCUGUAUGCGAAGAUGAUUGUGAUAACAUGGACGAAUGUGACGAACUCGGUGAUACAUGUGGUACUUCUAAUGAACAAUUCGAACACAUUGAAGAAUACGGAACAAGAAAACUAGGAGAAUCAUCCAAUCUUGGAGUACAUAAUGUUGAGUCAUUAGUUUUAAUCGAUUCCCCAACUAGUAAGGCCACUGAAUGUGCAGCUACAAGCACUGCUGGGAUGGAAUCUUUGAGGGGCAUGUGGUUUACAUAUGCUGUGGAAGCCGAUGAAGAUCCACCACCAUGGUUAAAAGAGAAACUAUCGAUUACCGAUAAUGAAAAACGAGUGAACUCUUCCACUUUUGGAGCAUACCCCACACAGCCUUUUGAUUUCAUUUGUUCACCGGUAAGGAUAGCAGAAGGAACCGAUACAAGCACUAUUGAGAAGGAACGUCGGGUUCAGAAGCAAUCAUCAGCGACGGUAGCAGGCAAUGGAGAUCGACAGCCAUGGACAAGAGAGAAACCAUUAACCACUGAAGUUGAAGUUGUGAAAGAUCAUGUCCCUAGCUCCGAUGCUGCACGAGAGGUCGAGGUAAUAGAUCUAUUAACACCGUCUCCCGCCUAUAGAGUCCGGCCAUGCACCAAAAGAAGAAUUUCCGAGUUUUUACCGGAGAUCAUAGAUCUCACCUAAGUUUUAUCCAACUAUAGGAUGCCGAGCGUGAAUAAUAGAAGAGGAUUAAGGAGGCCAUAGAGAUUAAUUGUUCUUGUUUUCAUCAAAUUCUCCAAUCCUGCCUAUGUGAUGAUGAGGAAAUCACAUCAUUGUAUAUUAGGGCAUAAAUUGGAAGGAGAUAAAGUUGCAC